UGCUGCGCCCUCUACAAUAUACAAAUGAAUAUGUACUGCAUGCACAGUAAAUACAAUUCAUUUGUAUUUACAUUGUCAAAAUCCAGUAAACAAAUUCAUCUGCGUUUCAGGGCAAAGUCAAAGUAAAACGGAAUUAUUGGAUUAAAAUUAUAAAUAUAAACAUUUAGCAAUGACUAAAGAUACAGUUACAGAAAUGGGCUCAGACAUGGGAUAUCGAAUUGACAAGGAAAAUGAUAAAUAUCCAUUUUGCUUAGUAUGGACCCCAAUCCCAAUGUUAACUUGGUUCAUCCCCUUCAUUGGACACAUGGGCAUUGCAUUAUCAAGCGGCGUUAUUAGGGACUUUGCUGGACCCUACCAUGUAAGUGAAGAUAACUUUGCAUUUGGCCGACCCACUAAAUACCUAAUGCUGGAUCCUGACAAGAGCAAAAAUGGUAUUAGUGGCUGGGAUGCAGGAGUGCAAGAAGCCUCAGGGAUUUAUCAGCAGAGAAUGCACAAUCUCUGUUGUGACAAUUGUCAUUCACAUGUGGCAACUGCAUUAAACCUAAUGGAAUAUAAUGACACACAGUGGAAUAUGAUCAAAGUUUGGAUUAUGUUCACAUGGAAAUGUAGAUAUGUGAAUUGCUGUGGGUUCAUUAAGACUUGGCUACCAUUUCUGAUUAUGUUCACUGUUAUUUUUUUAUUGUGUGUGGGGUUUUAUUAAUUUAUUAUUAUUUAUUAACUUCAUGAAUUAUAUUCCAUUAAAAAGCAUUCAACUGA